GCGGUCUCUUAGUCCUGCCGGAGGGCGGGUAUGGAGCCCAGAAAGCUGGCAGAGAACAGGCUGCGCAGGGUCAGCCUCGCCUCGCCGGCAGUCGCUAAAGCGUUAACGGAGCGUCAGUUUCCUUCUCCUACAGGUGUGCGGUUGGGAGUGUUCCUAUCGGCUGCUCCUCUCCAGGAAAAUAAACACUCCCAACAUGCAUUGAGCCACGGGGAGUGUCUCAGGUUUCCAACACGCCCCAGCUCGUUAAGAGUAAGAGUAAUAAUUAACAGCUUGGACUUUAUUAGGCAGUGGAGGGACAUCUGUCAGGAAGAAAGCUGCCUACCAUGCUCAAAGCAAAACCAGGCGAACUCCAGCCUUUCCUCCUUGGUUCUGACCUCCCUUCCAGCCAAUCUGAAUGAGUGGAGAAAAAUGACCACCAAUCCUCCCCAGGACCCUACUCUGAUAUUCAUCAGUGAGAAGAAACUCAUUACGAGAGAUCAACUUGAUCAUUUGUUGAAGACCUACAAUAUUUUUUACGGGGACCAGAAGAACCGACAUAUUACAUAUGGUGAGGCUGGAGAUGACAACAUAGUUAUUGAAGGAAUUUUGGAUAUAUUUUGGGGAGUACAAAGACCUAUUCAGCUGAAAGUACAAGAUGAGAAGCAGGUCCCUUCUUUUGCCACCAUCAAGUCAUCUUCCUUAUUCUCCCAGAAGGGGGGCAUGACCCGCUGGGGAGAGUUUGAUGACCUCUAUCGCAUUAGCGAGCUGGAGAGGAAACAGAGUGCUGUGGACAAAGUCGAGGAUCCCCAGGAAGAUUAUGUAUCUUAUAACAGCAGCACCCUGAGGCCUCAGAUGAAAGAUGAACCAGACUCUCCCAUGCUAUACAGAACAAUGAGUGAAGCAACAUUGGUGAGAAAGAAGGUAAACCUUGGCAAGAUACAGAGGAGAGAUCAACAGAAGCACAGGGUGUCUAUUAACGGCCACUUCUAUAAUCAUGAGACGUCAAUUUUCACUCCAGCUUUUGGAUAUGAAACCAGAGUGAGAAUAAACAGUAAUAUGAGAACAGAAGAAGUCAUAAAGCAGCUUCUACAAAAAUUCAAGAUUGAAAACAACCCCCAGGAUUUUGCUCUCUACAUAAUCUAUGCUACUGGAGAAAAGAGACGACUGAAGAAGACAGACAUUCCCCUCUUCCAUAGGCUUUUACAGGGUCCCUCACAAAGGAAUGCCAGGAUUUUCCUUAUGGACCAAGAUGAAGAAGAAAUCAGCAGUGAUGUGGCUGAAUAUAUUCACUGUCACCUUUCUCUCUUGGAAUCAAUCCUUCAAAAAUUAAAUGAAGAAGAAGCACGAGAGAUUAAAAAAAUAAUCACAAAAUUCAAUACAGAGAAGGCUUUCAUAUUAAAACAUCUUAGAAAUAAAAUAAUAGUAAAAACAGAGACAACAGUGUAGUGAAGCAAACACCCACGGAUCAAGCAUUUCAGCCAAGUGAAAAAUAUUUUUGUACUUAAUGUGUGCAUGUAUGUUGUAGAUAUGUGCAUUUAUGUAAAUACAUAGAAACUUCAAACUUAUAGAAAAUUGUUUGACCAGGAAAUUUUGUAUCUAUGUGUUAUGUUAUGUUGCAGUUGGAACACUAAAUAUUCUGAAAAUUAUAUAGCCAGAAAAGUUCUCAUUUUUUCAAAGUUAGAGAGGCAUUAUGAACCAUAUGAAUUUAAAACCUCUCCUUUCACCUGAAAUUUGUCAACUAGCUAGCUACCAGAAAUGGCAAAUGAAAUGGGGAAUACAGACUCUAAACACUUUUUUAAAAAUAGACAUUUUCUUGGUGUCACCUAGAAAUUCAUUUUCACUCUGAGUAGGGUUUAUAGAUUUUUGAUGACUUGGGUUUUAACCAAAAAAAAAAUGAAGAUGACCUUGCAAGUUGGCAAGAACAUCUAUUAUCUUAUGUAAUCCUGCUAAAACUCUAUAGGACCAAAGGCCAUAGACACUUAGUAACCUGCAAUGUCUACGGGCAUUCUCUUUUCAGAGUUAUUGCAUUUCUGGUUCCGUUGACCAGAAAGGGCAUCUGUAUAAUGAUAACACAACAAUCUGGCAAAGGGCCUAAUCCAAAAUUCACAAAGCUGUCUCUGACCUUCUAUUAUUGUACUCUAGAGUUGACUUUCAAAACACACAAAAAAUGCUGAAAACGUAACAUGGGUUUAGGAUUGUUGUUGUUGUUGUUGUUACUCAUACUUAUUUUUGUCAUCAGCAAUCAUUUUUUAAAAGCAAUGUCUUAGGUCAAUAGGUCUUAUUCUUAACCUACCUCCAUUUUCAUUCCUCAUGGAUGUUGUCUAAAAAUAUUGCUAAAACAUUUUAUGGGUGAUUCAGACAAGCGCUCCCAGAUAGAAAAUUACUUUUAAACGUUAAAAUACACAUCCUAGUCAUUUCAAAGACAUAUAUAAUUUGUAAUUAUCUGUAAAAUUUAGACUAGAUAAGAGUGUGUUCAUACAUAUUAAGUUCUAUUAAAGACCUCUUUUUAUAGUACAAUACAUGAGCCUGAGCUUAUUCAUUCCUCUAUUUAUUUUUUGUUAACAAUUAAGGAAAAAAAUGCCCACUUGCUAGGAACCAACAAGUGUGAGGCUGAGAAUACAGACCAGCAUUGACUAAGUAUUGACAUGCCUGCCAAGCUCGCAGGGGGAGGAGCUGCUCCAACCUCCUAUUUUUAACACCUAGAGGACAUUUUGUCCAGCUGCCCAAAGCCAGCACUUCCUCCCUCCACUAUGUGGGGUAAAGGGGAGAGUUGCUCACAGGCAGCUUGAGUUGCAGUUUGGGCACACGAACCUGAAAACCUUUGCCAAUGCUGAUAAUGACUAUAACUCAUAUUGUUGCUAUGCCACUCACGAUAGCUUUCCUUAGUUUGAGAAGACUAAAUUACUUCUACUUUGGGAGAAGGGCUUAAUAAAAGUGGAUUUCAUUGUUUUUAUUAAACAUUUACCACUUGCCAGACACUGUGCUAAAUUCUGUGAAUGCAAUGAAGAAGAAAAAAUGUGCAAUCCCUGUCCUCAAAAAGAUCACAUUCUAAUGGAAGAGAGGACCUGUAAAUAAGUAUUUUUAUUGAAGAUAUAUGCAGUGGAAAUGGAAGGUAAUGUCAAAAGGAAGACAAAAGGAUAAGUCUCUUUCAAGACUGGGAUUUUAGCUGAAUCUCAAAAUAAUACUAGAAACAAGGAGGUAGAGGUGAGAAGGAAGAACAUUGCAGCAUGGGAACAUGGAAGUGAGGAGAAAGAACAUUGCAGCAUGGGAACAUGGAAGUGGGAAGAAGAGAAUUCCAGCAAGAAAAUAUGGAGGUGAGGAGGAAGAGUCUUCCAGCAUGGGACCAUGGAGGUGAAGAGGAAGAGUCUUCCAGCAUGGGACCAUGGAGGUGAAGAGGAAGAGUCUUCCAGCAUGGAACCAUGGAGGUGAAGAGGAAGAGUCUUUCAGCAUGAAGUUGAUAUGUGGCAUUCCAUUUAUGAAGAACAGCAAAGAGGCCUAGGUGGUGGGAUAGUAGAGUAUGGAAAGGGAAAAGAAAGGAAGUGAAUUGCCAAUUAAAAGGAACAAUUGCCAUUGUCCAUCCUCUUCCUUUCUGUUCAGCAUGUUAGAAUUUUCCUAUGUGGUGGGAAGGGACUUUCCUUCAUUCUCUCCUCUUAAGAAGCUAUGGAGGGGGCAGCUGGGUGACUCAGUUGAUUGAGAGCCAGGCCUAGAGACGGGAGGUCCUAGGUUCAAAUCUGGCCUCAGACACUUCCCAGCUGUGUGACCCUGGGCAAGUCACUUGACCCCCAUUGCCUAGCCCUUACCACUCUUCUGCCUUAGAAGCAAUACCCAGUAUUGAUUCUAAGAUGGAAGGUAAGGAUUUUUAUUUUAAAAAAGAAAAAAUAUCCUAUGGAAUCUGCUCACACAUGAUGGAAAGAGCAUGUGCCCAUCUAGGAGAACCUGAAACUAGACCUCAGGUCUCUGGCUGCCUCUUCUGUUUUGUGCUACUUUCUCUAAAGACAGGAGACUAACAGGGAUCAUGAAAAACGGAUUUCUCAGGAGUGUGGGAGUUCCUGAUUUCCUCUGUUGGAGCUGACUGACAGCAGGAGAGUUUUCUAUAAUUCUGACCUCUGGCAGGAAGAUGAGCUCAAAUAUCCACUGACCUCAUGGAAGAUAUGGACCUUGGGGAAGUUGGUUAGACAGUUUAAAGCAGAAAUAAAUUAACUGUCCUUCUGCCCCAGAAAAUGUUUCAUAUUUUGAUGAUGUAUCAACCCUACAAUAGGAAUUAUGACUUUUUUAUGAGCUGUUUGUCAAUGUGUGACAAUGAGUUUCUUGUAUUUUCAGUAUUUCUUUUAGAGUGAAAGAAAUAAAUGGCUAUCUUAUAUACCUGA